CCCUACCUACUGGCUGACGAGGACGGUCGUCGAUGGGUCAUCUGGUUCCCUUGUACCGAACAGCGAUAUGUACUUGCGGAUGCAUUCUUGGCUGGUUUAGCGGAUUGCCUGCAAGGGGAGGCGAUGAGUGAAGCUGGAAGUUGGCUCUCUGCCCUCGGCAAACAUCUUCCUGAAGAGUUUGCGACUCCAUGGGAACGUAGUGGCGAGUUGUUCUGCUCACGACAUCGGGUCGAGCGGAACUCAUGCUGCGCAACUGUGACUGCUUCUCGAGCCACGUUCAUUAUACUGUACGCCGUGGAACAAUUGCUCAAA